AUGCAGUUCUUCACCUUCGCCGCUCUCCUGGCCUCGGCCGUCUCUGUCUCGGCCGCCACCACCUCGGCCGCCGCUCCUGUCGGCACGUCCACCUCGUCUUGCGCCGCCCAGAACAUCCUGGACGCCUGCUUGCAGACCGAGACCGACCUGUUCAACUCCUGCGGCACCAACGACUGGAACUGCAAGUGCAAUGCCUACGGUGCAAUUGUGACCUGCUACAACAACUGCCCCAGCGACCAGACCGUCGUCACCGCCAAGGGCCAGCAGCAGAUCUUCUGCGGCUACGCCAGCCAGUACCCUUCGGCGACGCCCACCGGCGCCAAGAAGACGGGCACCGCCACCACGACCGCCACCAAGGCUACCGGCACCAAAGCCGCCGCCGGUACCGGUUCCAGCACUGACUCUGGCUCCGGUGCGUCGGGCAGCGCUUCCUCGGGCACUGCUUCCGGCACUGCUAAGCCCCCCGCUGAGACCCACUCGGGUGCCGACCUGGCAAUCAAGUCGGGCAGCAUGCUGUUCGCCGUGGCCGGUAUGGCCGCUGCUCUCCUGUAA